GUCAAAUAAUAAUUGACAUAUAAUUUGUAAUACCAAGACGAUAUAAAUUCCAAUUUAAACGUAGUACAGCCUGGUUCAAACGAAACAAUAUUAAAGAAAUGAGUUAAGCUCACAACUAUUAUUGGUGAGAGAUCAACAACUAUUGAAUAUUUUGGAAGAAAAAACCAAAAGCAUAACUUAUUUCGCCUGGAAAAUUGAAUGAGGUGAGGUGAUCAUGAUUUAUUGUUUCUUCAACAGUGUCGCAGCAAAUACAGAGUCAAGCUACUUUUCGGGCUUGGCAUUAGCAAAUUUCCAGUGUUUUGGGAAGGAAAUUGAGAGAUACGUGGAAACCUAGAGUAAUACCUUUAUCUAAAGAUACUGAGUUCGUAGCUAGAUAAGUUCCGAAUAUAUCAGAAAGAUAAGUGAUAAAUGCAUAUGUGACUUGAACGCAAAAAUGGCAACGUUCACGCCGCACACAGAAAAAGGACGGAAGGAGCUCAAAGAAACAUAUUUUUCGGCUGUGAACCAAGGCAACUUGCAUCUAGUUACCGAAUGCCUCCGAAGAGGUCAAGAUCCCAACUCGAUUCUGGACGAUUCCGCAGCAUUGCAUAUAGCUGCCGAGAAAGGCGAUAUAGGGCUGGGUUAUAUAUUGACGGCGGACGAGAGGACUAACGUGGAUAUCAGGAUGCCCUCUAACAGACGAACGCCUUUGAUGUUGGCUACGCAGAACGAAAGACGAGAAUUUGUACAAUUCCUGAUAAAACGUGGAGCAGAUUCAAACUGCUCAGCACACAAUGGUUAUACCGCCCUUCAUAUUGCAGUAAAGAUAAAGUGCUUCGGGAUUGUAUAUGACUUAGUCAACUCUGGCGCUAAUACAAGAGCUGUUAACGUUUACCAGGAAACUCCAACGUCACUAGCUGCCAUAGAUUAUCCCUCAGCGUCCAUUGUCGGUUUCUUACUUAGGAAAGGAGGCCUUCUCUCGCAGAAGCAGGUGCCGAUUUUAAUUGUGGAACCGUCGAACCAUGUGAUCUCAUCUUGGAAGACAAGGCUUACAAUCCUGCAAAUAUUUAGAGGUCAUUUUCAAUAAGAAGGGAAAUAUCAAAGGUGAAAUCAGGGAAAGACUAAACAAAGGCAGAGCAGUGACCCGUGUCUUGAACUCUCUGCUCUGGCAAAAAAACAACACGUCGAGAAACCAAAAAUCACAUUUACGGCAGUACAGCCACCCUUUACGGUUCGGAAGUAUGGGACGUCACGAAAGCUAAUAGAAACAAACUUAUGAAUACAGAAAUGGAUUGUUUGAGAGAAUCAGUAACGAACAAAUGAGAAACGAAAUGAAAAUGGAACGAAAUAUUAGUGAGGACAUAGAAAGAAAGUAAUUAACCUGGUUCGCACAUACAGAAAGAAUGUCAGGUGACAGAUGUUCUAGAAGAAUGCUGAAGUGGUCUUCCUGAAAGAAGAAAGAAAAGAAGACCACGGAGAAAUUGGCGUAACGAUAUUGAUGAAGUGAUGGCUGCAAGAAACUUAGAAGAGGCAAUAUGCACAUGACAGAAAAAGAUGGAAAUUGGGGACGGAGAGACGGCGACAACCGUAGUCAAUAUAUAUAGUUGUAUUUGAGUUAAAUUGGUAGUUGCUAUUUCAAAACACAAAGUUGACCUCCAAAUGACCUCUAAACUCAUUGUCUAACACAUAUCUGAGGACUUCGAUAAAUUGAUGAUUUUACACCCUG